CCAACGCAAACAACAGCAACAACAACAACAACAACAACAACAUCUUCCCCUUGCUCAUUCAUACAUACAAUACAUACACACAGACCUAGAUAAACACAGACCUGUCACAUUACGACUGUUUGGGACCGUUUGAUCGCUCAGCGGGAGUGGCUCAUCCCACCCAAUCGCAUUGCCGCCGUCUCACACCCAUUCCGACCCGCAUCUAUUAACCAGCGAUUCGAUUGCAUGCCCCAGUGAACAGAGGCCAGUCGGUGAGUGAGGGCGAGGGCGGGGAUACGCGAGUAGAAUCAUGCCGCCCAAAGCGGCUCGCCCCGCGGCUUCGGGUCCAACCGCCUGGACGGGCCCGGCCACCGCCUCGGCGACCGGCGCCAGUCCCGAGGAUGAGGACGAGGAAGAGGGCAGUUCGUCGGGUUCGGGUUCCGGCUCGGGCUCGGACUCGGGCUCGGGUUCGGGCGACUCGUCCGACUCCGACAACGACCAGGAUGAUGACGACUCGGGCUCGUCGAGUUCGUCCAGUGGAUCCAGUUCUUCCGACUCGGAUUCCUCGGCCACCUCACAACGUUCGACAACCCGGUCCAUCGCCGCAGCCACGGCCGCGGAGCCCGCCGGGCCAAAAGCGCCGGCCAAAGCGGGGACGAGCCUGGCCGGUCACCGGAAAGUGGCGCCCAAAAAGUCGGCCACUGCUAAACCCAUCGCCCAAGCCACGGCCCUGACCAAGUCCAAUUUGAGCGAGUCCAACAGCGAAGACUCGGACUUUGGCGAGUUCUCGCUCACCAAAUUCACGUCCAAGGCCAAGGCCGCCAAAAACUCGGCUUUGUCGGCCAGUCUCCCCAGUACGGCCUCCAGUUCGGCUAGCAAUACGCCCAAACCCAAUGCCACCCCUCAGACUACCGGUCGCCCCGGAUUGGCCCCGGCUGGGGCCAGUCCGGCCGGUCCGCCCACCACACAGAGUAGUGGUCGGACGGCCAGUGGUCGAACGGUCCGGAGUCCAGGCUCGCAGGCCACCCCCUCGGCCGCCCCCGGGCCCAUCACCAGUAUGUCGCACUAUGGCAGCAUCUUCAACACUACCUCGGAAGACAGUGACGUGGAUGGCGGUCGGCCCACCCCGGCCACCGGAUCGUCUCAGACCGCCGGGGCCCACACGCCCACAGCCAAGAAGGCCAGUCCGCCGAAAAAGGCCCAUGGCAAAAACAAUACGCUCAAGGUGCGGGUCAACUCCAAGAAACUCAAGGCCCAAGAGCCGCCCAGUAAGGCCUCGCGGCCUGCCAGCCACGCCAAAGCCGCGCCCAAGACCACUCCCAAAUCGGUGGGCGCCAAAGCGGGCGGUAAGGCCCCGCCCAAGACCAAGACGCCCCUGUCCAAGCGUAGUGUGAGCGUGUCCAGUGUCUCCAGUAGUUCGAGUCUGNCCGCCAGUGCCGCCAGUGCCGCCAAUGGGCUGAAAAAGAAAGGUCGCGGGGCAUUGAGUGGGACCAGUCACAGCCAGGGCGGGGCCGGGGCGUCCGCUGGCCUUAAGAAAGGCGUCAAGCCCACGGUCAAGGCCAAGAAGCCGUCGGUGGCCUUGAGCACGGACGAGAGUGAUGUGGGCGAUCGUCAUGCCACGGCCCGACCGACUACCCGACAAACGCGAGGUGCCGCACCGAGACGCAGCAAGCACAUUACGGGCCGCGGGGAAAUCGAUUCCGAAUCAGAAGUGGACCAAACCGGGAAUAGCUCAUCUGUGGGUGGUGGCGGGGGAGGAGGAGGCGGGGGAGGAGGAGGCGCCUCGGGGGCGAGUGGCCGAUUUUCGCCCAAGAAAAAGACCAACUACGCCCACGGCAACUCAUCCUUGAAUCAGCGGGCCCCGCUGUCAGGCGUGCCGCUCCUCCCACCCGUGAGACGAGAUCUCGACGGAUUGCCGCCCAUCGAAACCCGGAAAUGUCCAAUUCCCGGCUGCGACUCUUCCGGACAUUUAGGCGGAAAACUGGAUCGCCAUUUCUUGGCCGAGGCCUGCCCAGUCUAUCACAACACCACACGCAAGGCCUGUCGAGAUAUGCGGUCCGAGUUGAAUAAACGGGCUCAGGUUCGGAAGAAGGCUUUGGUGGCGCUGUCCACGAAAUCCCCUCUCCAAUCCCCGACCUCUGAGCAAAAGAAGCACUUCAAACUGAUCAAGGAGGAGCGGUCCGAUUUUUCCGAGAGCGACGUCCCGUUCUCAAUGGAAGAACCUCCCGAGGAGCGCGAGCCGGAUUUGAAGCCGUAUGCCUCGGACUGGGACAUGAAGUUGUUCCGUGAGGCUCAAGGCUUGGCCAGUGAGGACCUCGAGAAUAGUCUGAAGGGUUUGCCCGACGCCAAGACCACCAAGUACCUGGAGAUGGGCAAAAAUGAAAUGGAGGUCUGGUACCAGAGUCCCUAUCCUGAGGAGUUCACCACUUUGCCGAAGAUCUACUUGUGCGAGUUCUGCCUGAAGUACAUGAAGAGUGCGAGCGUGCUGCGGCGCCACGCGGCCAAAUGCGUGUGGAAGCACCCGCCCGGCGACGAGAUCUACCGCAAGGACAAGCUCUCCGUGUUCGAGAUCUGCGGCAAGCGCCACAAGCAGUACUGCCAGAACCUGUGUCUCCUGGCCAAAUUCUUCCUGGACCACAAGACACUCUACUUCGACGUCGAGCCCUUCCUGUUCUACGUGAUGACCACGGCCGACUCCGAGGGCUGCCACAUCGUGGGCUACUUCAGCAAGGAGAAGAACUCAUUCCUCAACUACAACGUGUCCUGCAUCCUCACGCUCCCGCCCUAUCAGCGCCAGGGCUUUGGCCGCCUCCUCAUCGACUUCUCGUACUUGCUCUCGCGGGUCGAGGGCAAGAUCGGAUCACCCGAGAAGCCGCUCUCUGACUUGGGUCUGAUCACGUAUCGGGCUUACUGGAAAGAUGUGCUGCUCGAGUACAUCUGCAACUUCCCGGAGCGCGAGACCUCGAUCAAGAGCUUCAGCGAGGAGAUGGGCAUCAACUCGUGCGAUAUUGUAUCCACCUUGCAGUACUUGGGCAUGAUCAAGUACUGGAAGGGGCAGCAUGUGAUAUUGAAGAAGGAGGAUCUCAUCGACACGUACAUGGCCAAAGUGCGGAAUCGUCCCAAGGGACGACAAAUCUACGCCAACGCUCUCAAAUGGAAGCCCUAUGAGCCUAGCUCCAAAGAGAAGCGACACGCUGAGCUCAUCAAAAAAAGCCAAGAGGAGCGACAGAAAAAGCGUUAACCACAAUGACGUAGUAUUGCUCAAACGAAACUCCCAGCCGCACCAUCCGAAGGAAAAGUCAGUGGUUGGCCCAGCCAAUCUAUUUAUGGACUUGCCCACGGGUGGAUCAGACAGUAUUAGAUAGACCUCGCGGUCAGUUCUUGCUCAUCCCUUUUUGAUCGUAGCUUGUACGAUUCAAGAUGUACAUCCACGCACAUAUACAUACAGUGUAUGCCGGCUUGGAUAGAAGAGGAUAGAUAGAUCUUGCCCCUUCCAUAAUCAUCGUGCGAUCACGAAGAAUGAUGUGAAAUAACAUGUUGGUUUCGUGUCGAGUCGAAAAAAACUUCAGAUUUUAUUGGUAACAUCCACAUGGAUCGGCGGGGGAUGCACUCCAUGUCGUCGGUCAUCAUCGAUAUUACUGUUAUUCUGAUAAUUUAUCAAAAUGGUUCUGCGUCCACUGUCAACAAUAGAUACUUGUGUUCCUGUCUCCCGCUCAACUACGAGUAAAAUGAGUUUAUUAUGUUAUUGUUUUGGA